UAAAAUUUUUUGAACUUCUUACUUCACCGUUUAUUGCAUGAGUGAUACGUUUGUGAUUAUCGGAAUUAUACAUUUUAUUUCUUGAAAAAUAAAACGUGAGAAGUGAAUUGGAUGAAAUUUAAUUAAAUUACUUGUAUGUGGUAAUUGUGUUUGUGCGUGAGUUCUGGCAAAAUGAUUCCACUAACGGACGAUGUAGGGAAGAUAUUCAACGAUGUCCUCAUCGAGAUAUCACAAAAUAUACAGCAUAUGAUGGAGGAGCUCUGGCUAAACUGGUCACAUCUUGGUGUAGACGACCAGACCAAAAUUAAUAACAUCACCAAACUAGUCCAGAUUGAAAAAGAGCUUCAUCGAGAUGUUAUUUCGGAAACCAGACAGAAAUUGAAGAUUAUGCAAGGCCAAGUUGAUAAACUAAAAGAAGAGACAGAAGAAUUGAGCCGUUGUCUGUCUGUGGACAUCACCAUUUUGGAGUUUAAGGAGGAUAUGAUGUUGGUGGAAUACAAACGGGAGUUAGAAGAGCAGAUUUCUGGGUACAGGGAGCAAAUGGAGCAGCGUCGCAUGAAGAUGGACCGACUACUGGAAUGGCAGAGAGAUCUCACGGACAAGCUCGGGGUGACAAUACAUGAGCUUCAGGAGGUACCUCUACCGUCGGAAACAGAGUUGGACAAGCUAAAGGAUCAUUUGGAGGUUCUGCAGGCAGAGAGGGAUAAGAGAGCAGAGAUCUUCUUGAACACACAGGUCGAGAUCAAGGAUAUCAUGGACAAGCUUCAAAUCAAGCCGCAGAACAAGUUUGAGCAGCUAGUGGUGACAUCAUUGUCGGUUGAGUUCAAAGUAACAGAUCUGAACAUGGACCGACUGGCUAAGCUGAAGCAGGACUUGCAAGAGAAAUAUGAACAAACAAAUAACAGGGUGCUGGAGUUACGCGAGCGUCUGUCAAAGCUCUGGGAUUGUCUGGAGGAGGACCACAUCUACCGCGACAACUUCCUGCAAGCCCACCCCGGCUGCCACCCGCAGACAGAAAUGGCCAUCAAGGAGGAGAUCAAGAGAUGCGACCAGAUCAAACGGCAGAAGAUAUCGGUAUUCAUUGCCAACGUCCGUACUAAGAUCAAGCUGAUGUGGGACAACAUCAAAUACUCCACUCAGGAGCGCGAGGAGUUUGUCCACUAUUACCAGGACAUCUUCACCGAGGAUACCCUCACUUUACACGAGUUGUACCUGGAUAAGAUCACCAAAUUCUACAGUGAGAAUAAACAAAUAUUCGACCUCGUAGUAACUCGUAGUGAGUUGUGGCUGAAGAUGACCGAGUUGGAGGCGCGGGCGAGCGAGCCCGGCCGCUACCACAACCGCGGUGGGCAGCUGCUGAAGGAGGAGAAGGAGAGGAAGGCCAUCGCCAGUAAUUUACCGAAAAUUGAAGCUCAGAUCCGUGACUUGGUUAUGGAGUAUGAAGAUAGAACUGGGACCGUCUUCACUGUGGAUGGCAAGCCGCUCCUUCAGAUGAUGCAAGAUGAAUGGGAAAUCAGGAAAGCUGAGCGAGUGAACAAGGUGUCGGCGCGCAAGCAGGCGUUAACGCCGACGACGCCGUCGUUCCGCCUCGCCACCUCGCCGCUCGGCAAACGGAACCGCACCGCUGCGGGCCUCGCCGCCACCGCUGAGCGUAACAGGCCGCCGAGCAAACGUCAGCUGAUAACGAGCAGCGCGACCAAGGCGGUCACCACCCUCGCCUCCAACCUGUCAGCCUUCAAGCGCUCCGCUGUGUCUACCGUUAAGAGGCGCAUAAGCGGUCGUCUAGCAGCCCGAGCUAACGUCGAGGGUCGCGGUGAUCUCGUGAAGCGCAAGAUAGACUACACCAGCACCGGCGAGGGCAAGAAGACGCCAAAGGUUAACGGCAGUAUACUGAAACAUAAGCGUACGUCGCACGGUCGCCGGCGCAGUAAUGGCCGUCGCUCUAUGACGGCGAACCGCUCGGGGACUUCAGAGGACACGCGCUCGCAGAGAGACCCGCUCAUGGAGACCACACUGCUCACUACGUACACGGACUUCAAGGACGGAAUUAACGAGAAGCAGAUCAGCCGCAGCUCCAUGGCGAAAGGCUACGAGGGUAACGUACCGGCCAUCGUCUGUCCGGACGAGGCGAGGGACACGCCAAAAAAAACUUUGAGAACCACCGCGCUCACUCCCAAAGUCGGGAAGGAGAACAUUCAACACGCCAAUCCUCCUAUGACCCCCAAGAGCGACCUGCUUUACACCCCCACAAGGCUAACCAGGUCGGCUCUUAAGCUUAAUAACGACGGGUUCGCGACCCCCCGAGCUCCCCUCAGCGCUAACAAAGUGAACCUCCAAAGGCAGAAUACGGGAGUGACCCUAAAAACGACCCCCAACAACGUAAGCCGCUCCAAGUCACACUCGCAUUUGGUGCGCGCAAAAAAUUUACCACCCCUAAUAUGAGGGUAGUUUGAGUUUUUGCACAUCUCAAUGCGAUGGAACUUAUUUGAUCUGUCGCAGGCGUCGCCAUUUUGAAUAAUGUGUAAUGACAUCUUAUUAUUUUUUUCUAGCCUGCCACACGGUCAAAUAAAUUUGCAAUUAUU